AUGGCCUUGAGCACCCAAAAAGCCUCUGCAUCUCUUUCGGCUGAAUCGGCUCCUCCUCAAUGGAAACAUGAUGUUUUUCAGAGUUUCAGGGGAGCAGACACUCGCAGGGGUUUUAUGUCUCAUUUAGACCACGAACUGCGGUACCGGCAAACAAUAAAAACUUUCAAGGACGACCGAGACCUUGAAAUAGGAGCAACUAUUUCUCCGGAGCUGUUGACCGCAAUCGAAGAAUCACAUCUUGCCAUCAUUGUUCUCUCCCCAAAUUACGCUUCUUCCCCUUGGUGCUUGGAUGAACUCUCAAAGAUUCUUGAAUGCAUGGAAGACACCAAUAGAAUUCUGCCAAUCUUUUAUGACGUGGAUCCUUCUGAUGUACGAUACCAAAAGGGGGGAUUUGCUGAAGCAUUCACUAAGCAUGAAGAAAGGUUUAGUGAAGAAGCAGAGAAGGUGAAGCGGUGGAGAGCUGCUUUAAGAAAAGUUGCCAAUCUCUCUGGCUUAGAUUCAAAGAAUUAUAAGUGGGAAGCAGAGCUUAUCAAAGACACUGUCAAAUGUGUGUGGAAGAAAUUGAAUCCUACAUUGACGUUGUUAGAUUCCCAAGAGAGAUUGGUUGGAAUUGAUUGUGCACUUGAUCAACUCCGCUUGCAAUUAGAUCUCGAGGCAAAUGAGGUUCGCUUUAUAGGGAUAUGGGGAAUGGGUGGGAUAGGCAAAACAACCCUUGCUAACCUUGUGUUUCAGAAAAUUUCCCAUCAUUUUGAACUUAAAUGUUUUCUAUCGAAUGUGAGAAAGAGGGAGGUUUCUAAUCUACAAGGACAACUUCUUUCCCAAAUCUUGGACCAAAGUAUUAAUCAUGUUUGUGAUGAAAGGGAGGGAACCGUUUUCAUUAAUAAAGUUUUAAGGAAUAAAAAGGUUCUUCUCGUACUUGAUGAUGUGGAUCAAUUACACCAACUAGAAAUACUGGCUAGAGAUAAAAUUUCGUUUGGUGUGGGGAGUAGAAUUAUCAUCACAACUAGAGAUAAACGUCUACUUGUUCAGCAUGGUACAACAACCUAUAAGGUAGAUGUAUUAAAGGAUGAUGACGCUCUUGAGCUCUUUUGGCGACAUGCCUUUAAGAAAGAUCAGCCUGAGGAAGGUUUUCAGGACCUGUCUCAGCAUUUCCUAUAUUAUGCUAAAGGCCUUCCAUUAGCUCUCAAAACUUUGGGGCGUGCUUUGUAUGGGAGAGAUCAAGAUGUGUGGAAGAGUGCGUUAGGGAAGAACAAAGAGCAAGUUAUUCAAGUACUAGACUGGAGCCUUGACAUUUCCAGUCUUAUUGAGAUAGAUAUUCUUAUUGAGAAAUCUCUCUUAACUAUUGAGAAACUCCACUUUGGUAGCAACAUUGUUGAGAUGCAUGAUUUGAUACAAGAAAUGGCAUGGAAAAUUGUUCGUGAAGAGUCUCCCGAGCCUGGUAAACGCAGUCUCUUGUGGCAUCACAACGACAUUUCUCAUGUAUUCAUAAACAAUACGGGUACGGAAGCAAUUGAAGGUAUAGUCUUACGUCUGCCCCAAUUAGAAGAGGUGCACUGGAAUUGUGUUGAAGCCUUCUCUAGGAUGCGCAGAUUAAUGCUUCUUGAAUUUGAUAAUAUUGUCAUUUCUUUAGUUCCUAAAGAUCUUCCAAUUUCCUUAAUAAUUAUCCGUUGGAGUUGGUAUCCUUCCAAGUCGCUCCCGCCAAGUUUUGAACCACGUUUCCUCAUUAAACUCGAGAUGCUUCAUAGCAAACUUGUCCGGCUUUGGGAUGGAGAAAAGGAUUUCCCCAAGUUGAAAUACAUGGAUCUUAGUUACUCUGAAAAAUUGACGAGUGUCCCAGAUUUCAAAGGCAUUCCGAAUCUUGAGGAAUUGAAUCUAGUUGGUUGUACGAAUUUAGUUGGGGUUCACUCGUCUAUUGCAGUUCACAAAAAGCUAAAAGUUUUAAGACUUAGGGACUGUAAAAGUAUUAAGAGUCUCCCAAGUGAGUUGAAAAUGGAUUCUCUCGUAUUAUUGAGUCUUUGGGGCUGCUCAAAAGUGAAAAAGAUUCCAGAAUUUGGGAAACAGAUGACAAAAUUGUUCCAGCUUAUUUUAUGCGAGACUGCUAUCGAGCAAAUACCUUCAUCAAUUGAACAUCUAGUUGGCCUUGUUGAAUUGCACGUAAGUGAUUGCAAAAGACUCUUGGGUCUACCGAGUGCGAUAUGCAAUUUGAAGUCUCUUAAAAUCCUCUGGGCUCUAAGUUGCUCAAAACUUGACAAACUGCCAGGGGACAUGGAGUCUUUAGAGGAGGUUUAUUUAGACGGAAGUGCUAUGAGAGAGCCGCUUGUUGUUAUGAAAAACCUCAAACAUCUAAACUUUAGUGGAUCAUCAACUUCAAGGGAUGGUAUUGACAUUGGCACUGGGUGGGGCCUUGACCGUUUAUUUGGAAAUAGAAAGAGUCAUCCUGACCCUAAACCUGACCCCUGGGGUUUGGUGUUGUCUUCUCUAAAUCAUUUAUGCUCUUUGGCUGAAUUAGAUCUAAGUGAUUGUAACAUUGGUGAAGGUGCCAUCCCCGAUAAUAUUGGCUACAUCUCUUCUUUAGAAUAUUUAACACUUAGUGGAAACAAUUUUGUCAGCCUUCCCCCAAGCAUUAGAUUCCUUGCUAAGCUUGAGUGUCUUCAAUUGAGUAGGUGCAAAAGGCUUGAGCAAUUGCCAGAUCUUCCGUCAAGUAGAUCCUUAAAUGUAAAUGUAAACAAUUGUACUGCCUUAAAAAGGUUGUCCGAUCCAUCUAAGCUGAGCGAAGGAGCCAAUGUGUAUGAUUUUAGGUUUAGUUGUCAUAAUUGCUUCAGAUUGGUUGAAGAAGAAGGCUGGAUUAAUAGAAUUUUUGCAAUAAUAAUGAGAUUGGCCACUCGGGAAUUCUUUUCAAUGUGGGCUGGUGACUUACUUGUAUGGCCUGGAAGUGAAAUUCCAGAUUGGUUCGAUAAUCGAAGUGUGGGAGAUUCAAUAACUAUGGAGCUGCCUCUACCUCCACAACCUAGUAGCGACUGGAUUGGGAUUGCUUUAUGUGUUGUUUUUCAAGAUUCUGAAUAUUUGCAAAAUCCAGCCUCGGUUGUUGGAUAUGAUUAUUUCCAAAUUCAGUAUUUAGGGGGUCCGUAUGAGACUUUUAAAGUCGGACAUCUUGAGUCACAACACCUUUGGGUUCUUUAUUUGCCUCGCGAUGAUCCCAGCCUCACCGAUGCCUCAACCAGUCAUCAGUUUUCAUUCGAAGCACAUUACUGUGCAUACGGAUCUUGCAAGAGACUCAAAACAAGCUCGAUUAUAAAAGAAUGUGGGGCUCGUUUGGUGUACGAGAGGGAUUUGGAAGAAUUCAACCGAAUAAUCAAAAUCCCCGAGAGAAACCAGUUCUGGCGAAAAAGAUUUUUUGUCGAUACAAAAAUUUGCAGUUUGUUGCCAGAGCUAAGUUUUCCUGUUGUGGCGGCCCCAAUUGGUACUAGUGGAAGUGGUAGCUCUGAUGACGCCAAUGAACCAGGAAUUGGUAGCUCUGAUAACGAGGAUGAACCAAUCAGCAAAAGAUUCAAGGAAGUCUAA